UCGUCUCGUUCGUGUUCGCCUUUGCCUCUCAAGAUUUUCCGUGUCCGUUUUCAUACUCGAUCGUUUAAUUUGUUGUGAAGUUACCUGUAGAGUGAAGUGAAGUGAGUUGAAGGAUCAUCGAAUUGCCUUCAAUCAUGACCAAAUACAACAAUGGCAACGGCAUGCUAACGGGCGCAGUUGCUACCAAUGAUAAUGUCAUCAAACAGGAAUACAACAAUUAUUUACAGCAAGCCAACUCAACUGGCUUUCGCUACAACAACAACGACAGUAACAACCACCACCUGCCACAUGGAAAUAUGCACCAGAAUCCACAACAGACGCUGCAGCAUUUCUUCAGCCGCUUUAAUGCCGUCGGCGACGCCAGCAGUGCCGCCUGCAGCUUUGGCAACAGAAACCAUCAAACUACAGAUGCCAGCAAACAGCUAUCCAUGACAUCUUCGCCCAUAUACACCACGGACUACGACGACGAGGAUAGCAGCUUGAGCUCCGAGGAGCAUGUGCUUGCGCCACUCGUUUGCGCCUCAGCCCAGUCCUCGCGUCCCUGCCUCACAUGGGCCUGCAAGGCGUGUAAAAAGAAGAAUGUCACCGUGGAUCGCCGCAAGGCAGCGACAAUGCGAGAGAGACGGCGUCUAAGAAAGGUUAACGAGGCCUUUGAGAUCUUGAAGCGUCGCACAUCGUCCAAUCCCAAUCAACGCCUGCCCAAGGUUGAGAUCUUGCGCAAUGCCAUCGAAUACAUCGAGAGUCUCGAGGAUCUGCUGCAGGAAUCCACGCCCACACGCGACGGCGACAAUCUGGCGCCCAGUUUAAGCGGCAAGAGCUGCCAGUCCGAUUAUCUGAGCUCCUAUGCAGGUGCGUACCUGGAGGAUAAGCUCAUCUUUUACAACAGACACAUGGAAAAAUAUGGACAAUUUGCAGACUUCGACGCGAGCGCCAGUGCGAAUGGCUCCAGCUUGGAUUGCCUCAAUCUCAUUGUGCAAAGCAUCAAUAAGAGCACAACGAACGCUGUUCAAAUGCAAGCCAGCGCCAGUAAAGUGGUCACCGUGGUCACCACGAGCACCACCAACACCACCACAACCACAGCCACAGCCACAGCAUCGACGAAGCGCUCGACUGCCUCGUUGAACGCAAACUUUAAGCAGAAAUGUAGCACCUAGCACCAGCAUUAGAUUAUGGAA